CCCCCGCCGCUCCAUUGAGCCGGCCCGCACAACAUGGCUGGACCGCGGCCGAGGUGAGCUCCGGACCGCCGGACCGCCGGACCUCCGGACAACCGGACCGCCGGAGCCCCGGGGGGCAACAUGUGGGCCGGGCAGGAUGAGAGCUCGGUGCGGGUGGCCGUCAGGAUCCGACCUCAGCUCGCCAAAGAGAGAAUUGAAGGAUGCCAUAUUUGUACAUGCGUCACACCUGGAGAACCUCAAGUGUUCUUGGGGAAGGAUAAGGCCUUUACUUUUGACUAUGUGUUUGAUAUUGAAUCAGAACAAGAACAGAUCUAUGCACAGUGCAUAGAAAAACUCAUCGAAGGUUGUUUUGAGGGAUAUAAUGCCACCGUUUUUGCCUAUGGACAAACAGGUGCUGGCAAAACCUACACCAUGGGAACAGGAUUUGAUGUCAAUAUCACUGAAGAAGAGCAGGGUAUUAUCUCAAGGGCUGUGAAACACCUUUAUAAGUGUAUCGAAGAUAAGAAACAAGCUGCUAUUAAGAAUGGGCUCCCGCCUCCAGAUUUCAAAGUGAAUUCCCAGUUCUUAGAGCUGUAUAAUGAAGAAGUGCUUGACCUCUUUGAUACCACACGUGACAUUGAUGCAAAAAAUAAAAAAUCCAAUAUACGAAUCCAUGAAGAUUCCACUGGAGGAAUUUAUACCAUAGGCGUUACAACUCGAACUGUGAAUACAGAAUCAGAGAUGAUGCAGUGUUUGAAGCUCGGCGCUUUAUCUCGAACCACUGCCAGUACUCAGAUGAAUGUGCAGAGCUCUCGUUCACAUGCGAUUUUUACCAUCCACUUGUGUCAAACCAGAGUGUGUCCCCAAUUAGACUCGGAAAACUUGACUGAUAACAAGAUCAUAUCUGAAUCACCUGCGAUGAAUGAAUUUGAAACCCUUACUGCCAAAUUCCACUUUGUUGAUCUGGCAGGGUCAGAGAGAUUAAAGCGAACAGGAGCUACUGGAGAGAGGGCUAAAGAAGGAAUUUCUAUCAACUGUGGACUUUUGGCACUUGGCAAUGUAAUAAGUGCACUGGGAGAUAAGAGUAAAAGGGCCACUCAUGUACCAUAUCGGGAUUCCAAAUUAACAAGGCUAUUGCAGGAUUCCCUGGGGGGAAAUAGUCAAACGAUCAUGAUAGCGUGUGUCAGCCCUUCAGAUAGAGAUUUCAUGGAAACUUUGAACACACUGAAGUAUGCCAAUCGUGCCCGAAAUAUCAAAAACAAGGUCAUGGUUAACCAAGACAGAGCUAGUCAACAAAUCAAUGCAUUGCGUAGUGAGAUUACACGACUUCAGAUGGAACUCAUGGAGUACAAAACUGGGAAAAGAAUUAUUGAUGAGGAAGGUGUUGAAAGCAUCAAUGACAUGUUUCACGAGAAUGCCAUGCUACAGACUGAAAAUAACAAUUUACGUGUAAGAAUUAAAGCAAUGCAAGAGACUGUUGAUGCCCUGAGAACCAGAAUAACUCAGCUCGUUAGUGAUCAGGCCAACCAAGUUCUUGCCAGAGCAGGUGAAGGAAAUGAAGAGAUCAGUAAUAUGAUCCAUAAUUAUAUAAAAGAAAUUGAAGAUCUCAGGGCAAAGUUAUUAGAAAGCGAAGCUGUGAACGAGAACCUUCGACGUAACCUGACAAGAGCCACGGCGAGAUCUCCGUAUUUUACUGGAUCAUCAGCUUUCUCUCCUGCAAUGCUCUCUUCAGAAAAGGAGACUAUUGAGAUCAUAGAUAUAGCUAAGAAAGAUUUAGAAAAACUGAAAAGAAAAGAAAAAAAGAAGAAGAAAAGGCUACAGAAACUUGAGGAAAGCAAUCAAGAAGAAAGAAGGUUGGAAAUACUUCCCAGUGUUGUUAAAGAGGAAAAUACAGACACUGAACAGGAUAAGAGGGAAGAAAAGGGUAUUUCAGAAAGAGAGAGCAAUGAAGGUGAAGUUGAAGAAAUCCAGGAAGUAACUGAUCAUGAAGAAGACGAAGAUGAUGAAGACGAGGAAGAGGAGGAUCUGGAAGCUGGUGAAAGCUCAGAUGAAUCUGAUUCCGAAUCAGAUGAAAAAGCCAAUUAUCAGGCAGACUUAGCCAACAUUACUUGUGAAAUUGCAAUAAAGCAAAAGCUGAUCGAUGAACUAGAAAAUAGUCAACGAAGACUACAGACCCUGAAGAAGCAGUACGAAGAGAAACUAAUGAUGCUGCAGCAUAAAAUUCGGGAUACUCAGCUCGAAAGAGAUCAAGUGCUUCAGAAUUUAGGCUCUGUGGAAUCUUGUUCAGAAGAAAAAGCCAAAAAAGUUAAAUCUGAAUAUGAGAAGAAGCUGCAGACCAUGAAUAAAGAACUUCAGCGACUCCAGACUGCUCAGAAAGAGCAUGCACGCUUGCUGAAAAAUCAAUCUCAAUAUGAAAAACAGCUGAAGAAAUUGCAGCAGGAUGUGACAGAAAUGAAAAAGACCAAGGUACGCUUAAUGAAACAAAUGAAAGAAGAGCAAGAAAAGGCCAGGAUGACAGAAUCUAGAAGAAACCGAGAGAUUGCGCAGCUUAAAAAAGACCAACGGAAACGAGAUCAUCAACUCAGGCUUUUGGAAGCUCAGAAAAGAAAUCAAGAAGUGGUUCUUCGACGUAAAACCGAAGAGGUAACAGCUCUUCGGCGGCAAGUAAGACCCAUGUCUGAUAAAGUAGCUGGGAAGGUUAGUCGAAAACUGAGUGCCCCUGAUUCUCCUGCUCAAGACCCGAGUUCCACUCUAGCUGCCGGAGACCCUGAUUCGAUUAAGGCUGGAUCCCAGCAGAAAAUGAGAAUUCCUGUUGCAAGAGUGCAAGCAUUACCAGCAGCUGCAGCCAAUGGAACCAGGAAGAAAUACCUGAGAAAGGGAAUGACCAGUCGAGUGUUCACGUCAAAAACUGCGCGGAUGAAGUGGCAACUACUUGAACGUAGGGUCACAGAUAUCAUUAUGCAGAGAAUGACAAUUUCUAAUAUGGAGACUGAUAUGAACAGGCUUCUAAAGCAACGUGAAGAACUCACAAAAAGAAGAGAGAAACUUUCAAAAAGAAGGGAGCGAGUCAUCAAAGAGAAUGGAGAUGGGGAUAAAAAUGUACAGAGCAUUAAUGAGGAGAUGGAAUCACUAACUGCAAACAUCGAUUACAUCAAUGAUAGUAUUUCAGAUUGUCAAGCCAAUAUCAUGCAGAUGGAAGAAGCCAAGGAAGAAGGUGAGACCCUCGAUGUCACUGCAGUGAUCAAUGCUUGCACUUUAACGGAAGCUCGUUACCUCCUAGACCAUUUCUUGUCAAUGGGCAUCAAUAAGGGUCUUCAGGCUGCCCAGAAGGAAGCUCAAAUAAAAGUCCUCGAAGGUCGUCUGAAACAAACAGAAAUAACCAGUGCUACUCAGAACCAACUACUCUUCCACAUGCUGAAAGAGAAGGCAGAGUUAAACCCUGAACUAGAUGCUUUACUAGGUCAUGCUUUGCAAGACCUAGAUAGCAUAUCAUUAGAAAACAUAGAGGAUAGCAGUGAUGAGGAGGCACCUUUGAGUAGCCCUGGACCAGAAGGGAGUACGCUGUCUUCAGAUCUGAUGAAGCUAUGUGGUGAAAUCAAGCCCAAAAGCAAGGCUCGAAGGAGGACAACCACCCAAAUGGAAUUGCUCUACGCAGAUAGCAGUGAACUAGCCUCAGAUACUAGCGCAGGAGAUACCUCGUUACCUGGCUCUCUUCCACCUGUUACAGAAGGGCAAGAGAUUGGAGUGAAUGCAGAGACAAGUGGUACUUCUGCUAGGGAAAAAGAGCUCAUUCCCCCAACUGGCUUACCUUCUAAGAUAGGCAGCAUUUCUAGACAGUCAACACUGCCAGAAAAGAAAAUACCUGAACCCUCACCUUUAACUAAAAGAAAGGUAUAUGAGAAACCAGAAAAGUCAAAGACCAAGGAACAUAAACACUCAGAUUCUGGAACCUCAGAGGCUAGUCUUUCACCUCCUUCUUCCCCACCAAGCCGACCCCGUAAUGAACUGAAUGUUUUUAGUCGUCUUACUGUUUCUCAGGGAAACACUUCAGUUCAGCAGGAUAAGUCUGAUGAAAGUGAUUCCUCUCUGUCGGAGGUACACAGAGGCAUAAUCAACCCAUUUCCAACUUCCAAAAGUGUUAAAUCGUCAGCACUUCAGUGUAUUCACACAGCUGAGGGGCACACGAAAGCUGUGCUAUGUUUGGAUUCUACUGAUGAUCUUCUGUUUACUGGCUCAAAAGAUCGUACCUGUAAAGUGUGGAAUCUGGUAACUGGACAAGAAAUUAUGUCCCUGGGAGGUCAUCCCAAUAAUGUUGUGUCUGUAAAGUACUGUAAUUACACUAGUCUGGUCUUCACUAUCUCAACAUUUUAUAUUAAAGUGUGGGACAUCAGAGAUUCUGCAAAGUGCAUUCGAACAUUGACAUCUUCCGGUCAAGUUAUGCCUGGUGAUUCCUGCUCUGCAAAUGCCAAUCGAACAGUAACAAUUCCAUCUGGAGAAAACCAGAUUAAUCAAAUUGCCCUUAACGCCACUGGCACUUUUCUUUAUGCUGCAUCCGGAAAUACAGUAAGAAUGUGGGAUCUCAAAAGGUUUCAGUCGACAGGGAAGUUAACUGGACACCUGGGUCCGGUAAUGUGCCUUACCGUAGACCGGAUUUCCAAUGGGCAAGAUUUGAUUAUCACUGGCUCAAAGGAUCACUAUAUAAAGAUGUUUGAUGUAACAGAAGGGGCUCUUGGAACAGUGAGUCCAACACACAAUUUUGAACCCCCUCAUUAUGAUGGGAUUGAAGCACUUACUAUUCAAGGGGAUAAUCUCUUCAGUGGAUCUAGAGACAAUGGAAUAAAAAAAUGGGAUUUAGCUCAAAAAGACCUUCUUCAGCAAGUUCCAAAUGCGCACAAGGAUUGGGUGUGCGCCCUGGGGGUGGUUCCUGGACACCCCAUCCUAUUGAGUGGCUGCAGGGGGGGCAUUUUGAAACUGUGGAACGUGGAUUCCUUUGUGCCGGUCGGGGAGAUGAAAGGUCACGAUAGCCCCAUCAACGCAAUCUGUGUCAACUCCAGUCAGAUCUUCACAGCGGCCGAUGAUCGAACUGUGAGGAUUUGGAAGGUUCGGAAUUUACAAGAUGGUCAGAUCUCUGACCCUGGAGACCUGGGUGAAGAUAUUUCCAGUAAUUAACCGUAAAUUUGCUUGUUUUGUGAAAACUGUGAUGCAAUUCUGAGUAUUCCUCUGUACUCUGCCCUGUUACUUAGGUAAACGCAUACAACUAAAAUAAGCUGAAAAAUUCAACUGAAUUCAGUCGUUAAUAUAAAUGGUAUUCUAAUUCAGCUGUUAUCCUUAAAACCCAAUGUGCUUAAUUAAAAAAAAGUGUGUCCUAUUAAUACCCUGCUUGAAUCUCAAUUUUAUUGUGACUGGAUUUUCGUGUAUAUGCAACACUCAAAUUCUGUUGAACUGCAGAGAAUCUGCUUUUGUGACAGUUGUGGUCUCAAAUUAGUCACUUGGAAUAUAACACAAAGCACUGUUAACAUUUUCAGGCAUUUAGUUCAGAUAACUUGUGUGUCGUGAUAGCUUGUUGGUGAAAUCAUAGUCCAUAAUUGAGUCUGAACUUGAUUUUGUUUCUUUGUUACGGAAGUGAUAGAAGACAGGAGAAAGUUGUUCAAUGAAGUUUCUUAAAAAAUGGAAUUGACCCUAAUCUGCUAGCAAGGAACAUUCUAGGAUUUGCUUUAAUGUUAACAUUUGAUCUUAUUAAUAAUAAUAAUAAUGAUGGUAUUUGUUAAGCGCUUACUAUGUGCAAAGCACUGUUCUAAGCGCUGGGGAGGUUACACGGUGAUCAGUUUGUCCCAAGUGGGGAUCACAGUUUUAAUCCCCAUUUUACAGAUGAGGUAACUGAGGCCCAGAGAAGUGAAGUGACUUACCCAAAGUCACACAGCUGACGGUUGGCGGAGUCGGCGUUUGAACCCACGACCUCGGAUUCCCAAGCCCGGGCUCUUUCCACUGAGCCACGCUGCUUCUCUUAUUGACCAAAGUUGUGCAGUUGUGUAGCCUCUGUACUCAGGACUAAAAUAGUUUUGGGUUUUUUGUUUUGUUUUUUUCAUUAGUGUAGUGUGUGCAUUCAGUAACGAGAAACACUUUUCAUGCCCUAACAAAUAUUUUACUCUAUUUUCCUAAGGAGUUGUUUAUAUUCUCGCCUCUUCCUUUUGUUUUUAUUUAAUGGUAGGAUGUCCUUCCUUUUUCUAAUUUUAUAUGCUGCUAAAUAUAUUUUAAAUAGACUAUGUUUUGCAAACCCUGGCUGUUAAGAUGACAGCUGCAUCAUCUGCAAUGGGAAAAGCUAUGUAAAUAGGUGAUUGUAAAGAGAGAAUGCCUUACAUCUGCCUGUAUGAAUUUUUAAACUGCUGUAGAGUGUGGAUAUUGAAAAAGGAUGUAUAAUUUAAUUCCAACUGCCCAGAAUAUUAUGUUGUAAAUUCUGCAAGUGUCAAAAUUGUAUGUGGACUGUAAACCAACAUUUGGAAACACUGACUUCUGUGGGGGUUUUUUGUUUUGUUUUGUUUUAUUUCUGAAAGUAUGGGCUUGUAAAUGAAAGCUUAGCAAAGUAGAGCUUAAAUAAACACAUCAGUGUGGAA